AUGCGCCGCGCCGCGCGCAGGGAGGGCCGGAGGGCGGAGCGCCGCGCGCGGGCCGGCCCGGGCCCAGCGACCCCGCAGCGGUCCCCUGCUCCUCCGGGCUCCCCCGCCCGCGUCCCUUCCGCGGCCGGCGGCGUUGCCGCGGCUCGGGCGCCGCGUCCAGGGAGGCGCUGACCUCCGCAGAGGCGGCCGGGGCUCAGCAUCGGGCCGGGGCCGGGGGGGCGCCGGGGCCGGGGGGCGGCGCUCCGGCCCGGCCCGGCCCCGCCCGAUGUCCGUGAGCGCGAACACCAUGAUCUUCAUGAUUCUGGGGGCGUCGGUCGUGAUGGCCAUCGCUUGCUUGAUGGACAUGAACGCGCUGCUGGACCGGUUCCACAACUACAUCCUCCCGCACCUGCGGGGCGAGGACCGCGUCUGCCACUGCAACUGCGGCCGGCACCACGUGCACUACGUGAUCCCGUACGACGGUGACCAGUCGGUGGUGGACGCCUCCGAGAACUACUUUGUGACAGACAACGUGACCAAGCAGGAGAUCGACCUCAUGCUGGGGCUGCUGCUGGGCUUCUGCGUCAGCUGGUUCCUGGUGUGGCUGGACAGCGUGCUGCACUGCGCCGUGCGCACCUGGAGGGCCGGUCGGCGCUACGAUGGCUCCUGGACCUGGCUGCCCAAGCUGUGCAGCCUGAGGGAGCUGGGCCGGCGGCCGCACCGACCCUUCGAGGAGGCAGCCGGGAACAUGGUGCAUGUGAAGCAGAAACUCUACCACAACGGCCACCCCAGCCCGCGGCACCUGUGAGCUGCACCCAGGACGCUCGGGGCCACAGGGCCGCCGGCCAAUGCAGGCAUCACAGGGACCUUGCGGCUGCCCAGGUCGGCAGGACUGGAUGGCAGCUUUGGGCCAGGGGCCUGCGGAGCCGGGCCACCGGGCAGCCCCAGUGGAAGGUGCUGUCUCUUCUUUUUAUAAGGGGGUAGGGGUGGGGAC